AUGGCAGAGAAGUCCCCCUCAGAAGCAAUCAGAAAAGGCAAAAAAUUCAACUAUCAAGAAAACCCAAUGAUCUUUUCGUCUUCAGCAUCUACCACCCUGCGAGAUACAACAGGAAACAUCCCCAUUGUCAAUCCAACAACACCAGGUACAUCUCCUAUUGUAACUCCGACGACCCCACAGCCAUCAACCACCACUUCACCAACCAUAACGCCGCCAACCACCACCGGACCAACCAUAACUCCGCCAACCACCGCUGGACCAACCAUAAUGCCGCCAAACACCUCAGGACCUACCACAACAGCACCAACCACGACUGGACCAACCACAACUACUCCGGCUUCAUCCGGCCGUGCUUGGUGUGUUGCGAGUCCAUCCGCUUCAGAAACUGCUUUACAGGUGGCUUUGGAUUAUGCUUGUGGCUAUGGAGGUACAGACUGUUCGGCUAUUCAAUCAGGUGCAAGUUGCUAUGAUCCGAAUACAGUUCGUGACCAUGCUUCUUAUGCUUUCAAUAACUACUACCAGAAGAACUCAGCUCCCACCAGUUGUGCUUUCGGGGGGGUAGCACAGCUCACUAACACUGAUCCAAGUCGUGAGAAUUGCCACUAUGCUUCAUCCACUACCACCCCAACAACGCCCACAACUCCAACGAUGCCCACAACUCCAACUAUGCCCACAACUCCAAUAACACCACCCAGCACAACUUCACCUGUCAAUCCUUACAUGCCUGGGGGUGGAACUGUCUCUGGUACAGAACCAACAGGUUACGAUAAUGGUUUGACACCAAUAGGCAGCCCAAGUUCAGCAAAGACAACAUCAUACAGCCUACUGCUGCUCAUUACCAUGAAGUGUGUCCUACUAUCAAUUGCUACAGCAAUUUAUUCAUAA